GUUUUAUUUCCAGUCGCACGUUUCCCCCAAAUCUCAAAAUCUCUGUAUCUUUCUCUCCAGAAGCUUCGUCUCCGAUCAAGGCCUUCACAGGGGUCUUGAACUUGGAAUAUCAAGAUGCCGGCGACCGCAGGAAGGGUUCGCAUGCCGGCGAACAACAGGGUACACAGUAGUGCCGCCCUUCAAACCCACGGCAUAUGGCAGAGCGCUAUUGGAUACGAUCCCUAUGCACCCACCAAAGACAAAGAUGAACCUAGGGGCACUUCUCAGGUGAAUUUUCCGAGCUCGGAACCAGAUGCGGAGAAUCCCUAUGCUAGUUUCCAGGGCCUUCUUGCGCUUGCCCGUAUAACGGGCUCGUCGACUGCUGAUGAGGCUCGCGGGGCGUGUAAGAAGUGCGGCCGUGUUGGGCAUCUCAGUUUUCAGUGCAGGAAUUUUUUGAGUGUGAAGGAGGAUAGGGAGAAGGAUCUGGAUGCUAUUAAUGCUGAUGUUGCUUCCGAGUUGAGUAAGCUGAGGGGGAAGCUGGGGAAGGGGAGAAAUGUGGGGGAGACGGAUAGUGAUGAGGAGGAUGAGGACAGUGAGGAUUCGGAUGAGGACUAUAAUUCCGAGAUUGAGAGGCUGAUUGCACAGAGGAGUGGGGUGAAGAGUGUCAGAAGGGUGAAGUCGAAGAGGAAGACUGCUGAGUCGGAUGCUGAUGAGUCCGAUACGGAUUCAGGGAAGAGGAAGAAGAGAGGAAGGUCGAAGAAGAGGAGAAGCAGCAAGAGGAAACAUGAUGAAACAGAUGACUCGGAAGAAGAUAGGAAGAAGAGGAGGAAGGAGAAACGGAAGAAGAGGGAUGAGUCAUCGGAUGAGGAUGGUGAACGACGUCGGCGACACAGGAAAAGUAGGAAGGAGAAAAGGAGGAGGAGAAGUCAUCGGUAUUCUGAUGAUUCUGAGUCUGAUGCAUCUGAAGAUAGGCACCGCGGUCGGAGGAGCAGAAGGGCAGCAACACCAUCUGAUUCUGAUGCAAGUGGCUCUGAUGAUGCACGGGUAGGAAGGGGCAGGAAACGAUCUUAGAAGAGGAGCCGGAACCACCAUAGUGAUGAAGAAAGCUUAUUGAUACAAUCGGUGUAUGCGAGCAAGUCACUGUUAUCCUUUGUAUUUUGAAACUAUACUGUAUGUUAUUGCGACUGUUACAUUGUUCUGUUAGUUUGCUUGGGGAAGCUCUUGUUGGCUGAUUUGCUUUGUGUGAUGAGACUUUUGCUUUGCUGAAGGAUGUCUUGAAUUUUUCUGAAAGAUGUUGAUCUGAUCGUGUGCCAUCUCGUUUUGGGAUGUCCUAUGGUCUUGUCCUAUUAAUGAUAUUUACACCUUAUAUUGUGAUUUGUGAA